AUGCUGCGGAGGUUGGCAGGUGCGGCCUUAUUUGCCGCAGUCGCCGAUUCGCAAGAAGAUCCCAAGAGAGUGCCGCGCGGCGCUGCUGCGGACGUACUUCGUGCAGUUGCUGCGGCAGAAAGGGCCGAGGCAGAGCUCGUGGACUGCCGCAAGUCGCUGCAGGUUUGCCAGAGCCAUUCUACAGAGACAGGUGAAGUCCGCAGAGCUCAGCCCAUCAGGUCCUCGCAGCUUCAGCCAGGUUCGACUGAAGCCCCCGAUUGGCCAAAGGGCUACGGAUCAUUGCUCCGCUUCCCUUUUGGCAUUUCUGACAUGAAGACCUUGAAGGAAGUGGCCCGGGAGCUCUGGGCACCAGAAGGGACUGCAGCUGAUAUCGAGGAUGAGGUGUCGUCCCUCGGGUUCCGGCAGCAAAAGGGGAUGAGGUGUUCCUCCGAAAUGGUUGGCACCCACCCCGUUGGCGGUGUUAGUGUGCGGUGGUCUGUUGCGCUGUGGGAAUCAGCCCAGCAGUGGUGCUUAGAGAGUGUGGAGUGUACCGGCAUCAUGCUGUAUGUUGGCUCCAACACGAUGAACUGUCACUCCUGGUGUGGUAGACCUCAAUUCUGCAGUGGGCGGAUCGAUGCCAAAGCGCUUGAUGGAGUUAGGCUCCAAGUGUGUGGUGGGCGGACCCGGGCGACCAUCGCAGAACUCCAACUCCGCUAUGAGCCCAAGAUGCCGACAGAUGCACAGCUCACAAGAAGCUUUACAAGGUGUGUGGAGUCUUCUUUGUCCACAGCAAAACCCCCUCCACGGCUUCGCCGCAAGCUGCAAGACAUCGGGGAGCAGCGUGUCCUGAAAGCAGGAAUGACGCGGCUCUGCUCGCAGCUCACGUGCGGACUCACGAGCCAGGAGCUCUGCCAGCUUCCGCAGCGGACGGGCGGGAGCCAGCUCUUCAUGACCCCAUCCUUCUACCAGCGCCUACUUCGUGGUGAGACAGAACUCAAGAUCUUGCUCGAAGGCGACGUUGCUGCUGCUCAGUCAGACUUGAGGCAUCUUCGCCUGGAGCAGCUGCUAAGCAUCCGAGUCGCAACGUUGGAUUGGGCCACAGAAUCUCAUUCGCACAAUGCACAUACGAACUUCCUCAUGUCCUUGGAUACACAUCUUUUCGAACGGCUCUCUCGUGAAUUUCUCUGCAUGGCGCAGGAGCCCGCGCCAAAGCCAGCAUUGCAUGCACUAGGUCUUCGCAUUGCCCUAGUGGUCGGUGCCGGGGAGGUCAUCGCCCAGGGUUGGGGCCAGCAGCCUGUCAACAGAGCUUCAGGGGCCUUGCCCCCUGUGCCCGAGGUCUGGGCAUUGCCCCUAGGUUCGGAUUGGACCGCUGCGCGAGUCGCGCUGUUCCAUACCAGGGACCUAUGGCUGAAAGUCUGCUCUGGCGAUGUGCAGAGGGUGCAGGAAAUUGCAGCUGGCCAGAAAGUUGCAAUCUUCACUGACCGCUCAGUGGGACUUGGCAAGGAUCGGGUUCUACACUGGGACAUUGCCGUUUUGGAUCCUUCGUUUGAGGACAUCAUGGACGAGAUCAAACAGCAAGAUCAGGCAUCUGCUGAGCAGAAAAGAAUCUGCUCGGAGCUCACAACUGUGCUCAAGAAGCGGAUGUCUGGCCGCGCGAAGGAGUUGGGCCUUGCGGAGCCGGAUGAGGUACUAGAACUGGCUUUGCAGCGUCAAGCUGAGGAGCGGCACGGUGGCGUGGCCAUGCCAAAAUCCUCUGCGACCUCGCAGGAGGUGGCUGACGCUCCAGAGGCUGAGCCUCCUAAGGAGUUCAGCACGCCGGAGCGAACCUUCCAGCACGCAACCAGCAAGGCUCAGGACGUAACGCCUCCUCGACCUUGCAGGCUCUCCAUUUCCAAGACGACUACAGAGUCUGAAAACAAGGCUCCGGUCCUGGGCUACCCAGCGGAACCAACGAAGCCCCAUGAUGAGGAUGGCUGCUUCAGCGCAUUCUUGUCUUGCGGAAGGCGAUGA